AUGGCUUGUUUAACGAGCAAGGUUCACUCGAACACAUUACUGUACGAGAUGGCGUACCUUUUGAAAACUCUCGGCCUGUGCUUGUGGCUCUACUUAGCCAGCCGUGGUUUUACAGGAGCUGUUUCUCAGAGCCCGGCCUUUGUCAAUGGAACAGUAACUAUUGAUGGAGGCUCGCCUAUUGGAACGAUAGACGAUGAUUUCGUUUGCGCCACUCUCGACUGGUGGCCGCCGUCUAAAUGCGAUUAUGGGACUUGCAGUUGGGGAAGAUCUUCUCUUCUGAAUCUGGAUCUGAGGAACAAGAUCUUGCAAAACGCGAUCAGCGCUUUUUCUCCCUUGAAAAUAAGACUUGGUGGGACUUUGCAAGACAGAGUCAGAUACCAAACUAAGGGUGAUCCAAAGCCAUGUUUGCAGUUUGUUCGCAAUAGCUCACAGAUGCUCGGAUUCACGGAAGGCUGCUUGCCCGUGUCUCGAUGGGACGAAUUGAAUCAUUUCUUCAAAAUUACAGGAGCCAAAAUUAUUUUCGGUCUGAACGCAUUAACCGGCCGAAAAAUUCAACCAAACGGCACUGCCACGGGUGCUUGGAAUUCGAGCAACUCAGAGUAUCUAAUAAGGCACACGGUCGAUAACGGCUACACUAUCCACGGAUGGGAGCUUGGAAAUGAGCUGAGUGGCAAGGGAAUAGGAGCAAGUAUUGCAGCAGAUCAAUAUGUAUCUGAUGUGAUAAAUCUUCAAAAGACGAGCAUCAACAACUACAAAAUAAUCGGGCACAAUUCAAAUGACACCCAGAAAAUGAAACCAGAAAAUAUACCUAUACAGCACGUCAAAAGCAACGUAGACGCGGGCGUGGCCGAUGUGGCUGUAAUCGUAUGCGGUGACGCCACACACGUACAUUCCAACCUUCCCUUCGAACUUCGGCUUGAACAACUCCUUUUGCCUGCUCAUCGUAUUGUACAGCCAGAGCUCCCUCUUUAUUUCUCCAGAACCAUUACAGAAACCAUCGCCAUCGCUGGACAAAGUAGUGAGAGGCUGAGAUUUGCUGCAGCAAUUGAUAGCGGGAAAGCUGCGUAA